AUGAGCGUGACCCCUCAAGGCGCUGCCGGCGCCUACCAUGAUGACGAAGCCGCCGCCGUCGCCGCUGGAGCAAGUUCUGAGGGCCAGGGACAGGGACACCAUCACCACCACCACCACCCCGAUUCCCCCGAGACGCCUCACUCGGGCCACGACGGCGAGACGCCACAGAACGAUGCGAUCCACGGCGGGAACCCCGACGACCCCAAGCGGCCGCGCGCAUGCGAGGCGUGCCGGGGUCUCAAGGUGCGAUGCGAACCCGAUCCGAACGAUACCGAGGGCCCGUGUAAGCGGUGCAAGAAGGCGGGGAGGAACUGCGUUGUGACGAUGCCAACGCGCAAGAGGCAGAAGAAGACGGACUCGAGGGUCGCGGAGCUGGAGAAGAAGAUUGAUGCGUUGACGGCGAGCUUGCAGGCCCGCGGAAGCUCCGCGGCGCCUGGCGCCGCGCCGGCGGUGACGACGACGACGACAAGCACGCAUGCUGCCUUGCCCACGCCGGGUAGGGACGAGAAUCCGUAUAACAAGGGGUGGGGAGGCCACGGGCUCGCGAGGGAAUGGACUUCGAGUACGGUCGCUGGGACGGGAUUAUCUGUGGAAGGGCUCGACCCGCAGGAGGCGCACGCGGCGGAGAAGGGGCGGUUUGACCAUAUCACUUUCCCUGCGCCCUCCGCCGCAGCGGCAGGGCAAAAGAGGAAACACUCGGACCGCGGGGACGACACGCCGAGCGGCAGCGAUGUACCGGAAGGCGGACAAAUCGGAGCCAGGCCGGCGCCUCCGAUCCACAUGGGCAGCGACUAUGCCGACGUCGUGGAGCGCGGGAUCCUGAGCGCGGAGAAAGCGGCGGAGCUGUUUGAGCGGUAUAACACGCUCAUGGCGCCGCACAUGCCGGCGGUGGUGUUCCCGCGGGGGGCGACGGCGGAGGAGACGAGGCGGGCGAAACCGCUGCUGUUCCUGGCCAUCAUGGCGGCGUCGAGCUCCGAGAGCCCUAACGUGCAGCGGAGGCUGGUCAAGGAGCUGAUGCAGAUCUUUGCCGAGAAGAUUAUUAUUACGGGCGAGAAGAGUUUGGAAAUUGUGCAGGCGCUGCAGGUCGCUGUGAUAUGGUACUGGCCGCCCGAGCACUUUGAGGAGCUCAAGUUUUACCAGCUCGUGCACAUUGGCGCCGUGAUGGCGCUGGAUAUCGGGCUGGGACGGCGCACGGCGGGCAGGAAGAUGCAGAUCCCUUACCAGUGGCGCAACCACCCGUUUAAGAGGGCGCCGCCUCCGGACCCGACGACGAGCGAGUGUCGGCGGGCGUGGCUGGCCGCGUACUUCUUGGCGGCGAAUACGUCCAUGGCGCUGCACCGGCCGAACCUGGUGCGUUGGACGAGUUUCAUGGCCGAGUCGAUGGAGGCGCUGCAGACGAGCGCGGACGCGGCGCCAUCGGAUAAGUAUUUCUGUCAUCUCGUGUGGACGCAUCGGCUUGCGGAGGAGGUGGGGAUACAGUUCUCCAUGGACGACCCUGCUGUGGUACCGAAUAUCACGGAUUCAAGGACGCAGUAUUCGUUGAGGAUGCUUGAGAGGGAUUUGGAGAAGUACAGUGCUUCCGUUCCCAAGGAGGAGAUGCAAUCAACCCUCAAAAUGUCCUUCCACGUCCUCUCGCUCUACAUGCACGAGAUCGCUCUCCACACCCAAAUGGACGACAUCCGCCCGCCCUUUGACACAGCAACCCUCAAGGACGGCAUGCUCACCAACCUGACCCUGACAACCUCGCACAUCAACGCCCUGUCCGCCUGCCUCUCGGCCAUUGACGGCAUCUUCGAGGCGUUCUUAGCAAUGGAGGUGCCCAGCAUCCGCUGCCUACCCGUCUUCAACUUUGUCCGCGUGGCCUACGCUGUUGUAGUGCUCAUCAAAAUGUAUUUCUCCGCCACGGCGCCCGGCUCCGAGCUGGGAAGGGUGAUUGAUAAGGAUAACAUGAAGGUGGAGUACUACCUGGACGCGCUGCUGGAGAAGUUCCGCGCUGCCGCGUCGGAUGAUCGGAGUCGGCCUGCGGCCAAGUUUCUGAUUGUGUUAGUUAUGUUAAGGAGUUGGUUCUUGAAGCAGAGCAAGGGGCUUGCGAUGGGCGUUCCUGUGCCGGAAGCUGCUACUGCUGGGUUCAAGAGUUCGAAUUCGCAGCCCGAGACGCCGGCUUCUGCUGCUGCUGCGCAACCGUCUUCUCGGCGGCCGGAGGCGACGUCUGCUUCUACUGCCGCCGAUGAGCAGCAGCACCAGGCGCAGCAACGGGUGUAUGCGGGGCAACAGCACCCGCCGAUGCAGGAGUACCCCGCCGCCAACACGCCUCUUCACCUUCUCUCAGAGAUUGCCACGCAAAACGAUCGUUCCGGCAGCGGCGGUGGUGGUGGCGCGACGAACAACAUCCUCUGGAACCCGCCUCCAUCACGCCAAUCUUUCCUUUACGACCCCAGCGCCGUCACACCCACCCCGAUGGAUGGACCCGGUUCCGGGCCGGGGACAGCGGCGUCGAGCGGUACGGCGGCGACGACGGUUGCAGGUCCGGGCGAUGGAAGCGGAGCCGGGACGGGAGCGGGGCCUGGGCCGAACUCAGUGGCACCGUGGCUGAAUCCCGUCUGGACAAACGACUUACAAGAUUUCGGACUCGAUCCGGGCUUCACGAAUGAUUUAUCGCUCGAGGAGAUCACGACGGGGUUUGGGACGAGUCCCGGGAGCUUGAGCAACGGGAUGCGGUAUGUCAUGGCGCAGGACCCGUGGUUGAGCGGGAUGAGCGGGCUCGGGGAGAUUUUUGAGGGGAUGCCUGGUGGGUCGGGGCCGCCCAUGUUCCCCAUGUGA